AUGGAGAGUCCAAGGGUAUUGGAGCCCUUCCAGCCAUCAGAGCCCGACACGUGGGAAGACUACGUCGAACGCUUCGAGUUCUUCGCAGAGGCUCAAGGGAUCACCGACGCCAGCAAAAGAAGGGCCACAUUCCUGAGCUACUGUGGGCCUGAGACCUUCAAGCUGGCCAAGGCAUUGCUUGCUCCAGCGAAGCUAAGUGAGACAUCUCUCAAAGAUAUUCUUGCCUGCCUAACAAGCCACUUGGCGCCUACUGAGACCAAGAUGGCUCGGCGGAUGGAGUUUCAUAAGAGGCAGCAGCAUGCUGGGGAGUCUGUAUCUGCAUUUCUGGCUGAACUGCGGAAGCUCGCUCAGCACUGCGACUUCCAAAAUCUGGAAGAGACUCUCCUGGAUCGGUUUAUCGGUGGUCUGAGCAGCAAGAAGGCCAGAAGACGCAUCGUGGCUAAAGAAGAGGUUACCCUUGCUUCAGCCUUGAAGGAGGCCACCGCCACGGAGAAUUAUGAAAGAGAGGAGCUUGAUGCCAGUCGCAAGGCCCCUAAGCCACAGAUAGAAGUUGCGCAUGCCAUGGACGAGCUAGAGGCUACUCCGAGCCAGAGCCCAGUCCGUGGGGUCGAGUCAGUGAGUCAGGCCUGCACAGUGCACAAAGAUCACAGGUGCCCAGGUUGUGGCGGAAACCAUGAGCGGAAGAGUUGUCGUUUCCGGGAUGCUAUGUGCCGGACGUGCGGGAAGACAGGUCACAUCGCCAGAGUCUGUAGAUCGGCGGCGUUGGGAGCGACAGGAGCACCUAGACAGGAGCAUCGCAGACCGCCCGCAGCAACCCAUUUUCUAAAGGACUGCCACUACGUUACGGAGAUCAACGGGAGGGUCGUGCAGUUCCCAGCACAAGGCAAGGCACACGUCAAGGUGAAGAUUGAGGGUCAGCAGUGCGACAUGGAGGUGGACUCCGGAUCUGGAUUCACUAUCGUGUCGGACCAGACCGCGAGGACAUUCUUCCCCAGGGGUAAGUUGCCCCCUCUGGAACCCUUCCCGGCAACCUUGCAGUCAUACUCAGCGGGCCGCAUCCAUGUUAUGGGAAUGUGUGCCGUGAGAGUACAGUUCCGGGACAAACAGGCUGUACUCAAACUGGUGAUUGCGAAGGGCAGUCGCCCCAGUCUCCUGGGCACUGACUGGUUCCCCGCCCUGGGACUGAGUAUAUCAGGGCUUAAUUCAAUCCAAACCUGCCCUGAGAUGAGCGAGGCAUUAUGCAAAGAAUUUGCUGGUCUCUUUAAUGGAAAACUGGGUUGUUAUAAAGGGCCCCCAGUUGACUUCGAGUUGGACCCUGGGGUGGCCCCAAUCCGGCUCAAACCAAGGCGAGUGCCAUUUGCACUGCAACCCAAGAUCGAAGCAGAGCUGGAUAAAUUGGUCAAGCAGGGAGUUCUCUCACCCGUGGACUCUGCUAAGUGGGAGACUCCAAUCGUCACGCCCCUUAAAGCAAAUGGGGAAGUCAGGAUCUGUGCAGAUUACAAAUGUACUAUCAAUAAGGCACUCAGGGAAACUCAUACCCCAUUCCAGUCGUAUCACAUCUGUUGGCUAAACUGGCUGGGGGCAAGGUGUUCGCCAAAAUUGACCUGGCACAAGCUUACCAACAGCUGCCAGUAACCCCACAAUCAGCGGAAGCACAGACUAUUGUCACACAUAAAGGGGCGUUCAGAGUUAACAGAUUACAAUUUGGAGUUUGUGUGGCCCCAGGGAUUUUUCAAGGGCUCAUGGAACACCUGUUAAGAGGUCUGCGGGGGUCUUGCCAUUUUUUGAUGACGUUUUGAUUGCUGGAAAAGACCCACAGGAACUGGUUGCGCGUGUUCGUGCAGUGUUGCUCAAGUUCAAGGAGGUGGGGUUGCAACUGAAAAAGGAAAAAUGCAGUUUUGGGGUGCCAACUGUGGAUUUCUUGGGGUUUAAAAUUGAUGCAUCAGGCAUCCACCCCACAGAUGCUAAGAUUAAGGCCAUCAUCGAGGCGCCACGACCACAGAACAAGACGGAGUUGCAGUCAUUCCUGGGACUUAUUAACUUUUAUCAUUCGUUCUUACCCCAGAAAGCUUCGGUAGCUGAACCAUUACAUAGACUGUUGCAGAAAAAGACUGUGUGGCGAUGGGGGCAGGGGCAGCAGAAGGCUUUUGACUCCUUGCGAGGAAUGCUGAGUAGCAGGAGUGUCCUUGCUCAUUAUGACGAGUCAAAGCCUCUGGUCCUGGCAUGUGAUGCCUCUCAAUACGGCCUGGGGGCGGUGCUAAGUCAUAGGGAACCGGAUGGGUCGGAAAAGCCCAUCUCUUUCUAUUCCCGUACGUUGUCGCCCACGGAGCGCAACUAUGCUCAAAUUGACAAAGAGGCGCUUGCAAUUGUGGCAGGAAUCAAAAGUUCCAUGAUUAUGUGUACGGUCGCCAUUUCUACAUUGAAACGGACCACAAGCCACUGUUAGGGUUGUUCAACCCGAACAAACAAACGCCACAAAUUCUCUCCCCCAGAAUGUUACGUUGGUCUAUAUUCCUGAACGGGUUCCAGUACACCUUGACCCAUGUGCCGGGGAAACGGUUGUGCCACGCGGAUGCGCUGAGUCGAUUGCCCCUUCCUGGCGGGAGCACUGAGGAUCCUGCUCCAGCGGAGCACAUAAUGAUGCUGGAAACACUCCGGGGGCUCCUGUAACGGCUACUGAUAUAGCUGAGAAAACGAGGAAAGAUGCUGUUCUCUCCCGUGUGCUCACUUGGGUGGGGAGGGGUGGCCAGGUGGUCCGCAUGAAGACAAAUUCAGGCCUUAUGCGACUAGGCAGCACGAGUUGUCCAUGCAUAAGGGUUGUCUCCUGUGGGGAGAUAGGGUGAUCAUCCCAGCACCACUGAGAAACAGGGUUCUUGAGACGCUUCACAUGGGACACCCGGGAAUGGUCAGGAUGAAGUCGCUAGCCCGAUGUUAUGUGUGGUGGCCUGGAAUGGACCAGAACAUAGAACAAUGGGUACGAACAUGCAAGGCAUGCCAAGAGGUGCGGCCAGAAGUGGCCAGAGCACCAGUCCACUGGUGGGAGCAGUCCAGAUCAUCCUCUGUCUUAUUGGUUCCCUCCAAAAGGCAGGACUGUGAUUGCGUGAUAUUGUUCCCUCCAAAAUGUAUCCUUUCUUGCUAGUUCCCUGUCCCUAUAAAUGUAGCUUUCCUCUCCCCAGUCUUGAGUCUUGUUGCUUUAAUAAAGAAGUGUUACUAGAGAACUGUCUCCAGCAUGUUAUAUCAGGAGAGCUGAAAUCACAAACCCCACGUCACAACAGUAUUCAUCAGAUUCUAAAGAUGUUUCAUCAUAAUCAGACCUGAGCCAAGUAUCAUUUAUUCUAACCACGUGAUCCUUUCCUUGGAAUAGACAAGUUGUGGUUUGCUUUCAUGCCUAUUCUUAGGUACGGAGUUUCGAUAACUAUAGUUCAACUGCAGAAACACUGUGGGGUUUAUUUAAUUAAUGCUUGCUCCAUGCUAAUCACCAUGGUGCCUUACUGUGUAUAUCAGGCAUAGACAAACUCUGCCCCCCCAGAUGUUUUGAGACUACAACUCCCAUCAUCCCUAGCUAACAGGACUAGUGGUCAGAGAUGAUGGGAGUUGUAGUCCCAAAACAUCUGGAGGGUCGAGUUUGCCUAUGCCUGGUGUGUAGUAUUGCAGCCAAUAUUAAUGGAGCUGUGUUCUCCUGAGAGAUGCUGCUGCUUGUUUCUCUCUUUCUCCCCCCUUUCCUGGGAGAGUAAAGAAAGACUCUCCUCUUCAAAAGCCUAAAACUAAGUCAUUCCAUUUCUUCUUACCUCAGACUCUUACUUUCUUCUUUUGCUUUUUGGCAGUGCAGUGCUGGAAGGCACAUCUCCCUCAAUAUGACAAGUACUUUUUCUCCACAGGACAUUCAUACUUUCAGGGGAUGGGGACAGGAUGGACACCUGUGUUUCCACUGCUGUUCCUCUCAACUGUAUGACCAAGUAUAAGCAACCUGUCUGUGAAGCAGAAGUUCAUCAAAUCCCCCAAAUAUGUACCAUGCAGAUGUGCCUUUAUCCACUCAUGGCUUCCCAUUAGGCAUUAAAAACCAUUCAGACACCUUUCUCUUCCAGUAGUGUUCAUCAUUUAGCCAGUCAAAAAAGACAGCAGGAGAGCCAAUGCCUGUAUCACACACUUGAGAGUAACCUGAAUAGACAUGAGAGUAGACUGAGUAGAAUACAGGUGAGUAAUCAGA